AUGGACAGUUCAAGCAUUUUUAUAGAAUGUGGUAGUAGUCAAGGGGAAGAUGUAGAAGUUGAUCACGGUGAUUGUGGUGGUUAUGAUGAUGACACACUUUGGGCUCCUGCAAUCGGGAUGUGUUUUUCUUGUCUAGAGGAAGUUAAAACAUAUUAUCAAGAGUAUGCUUUAAAAAAGGGGUUCGGAUGGAGGAUUAGAUCAUCGAAAAAAGGAGAUGACGGGGAGGUCAACUACCUAAUACUUUCAUGUUCAAGAGAGGGGUCUAACAUUUCAAAAAUUUCAUGCACGUUAAAGACACUACCAUCUAGAGCAAAAAAUUGUCCUGCCAAGAUUUGUAUUAAAUUGAAACAAGAUGGUUUUUGGUACAUUACACAAUUUGAAUCUAACCAUUCUCAUGAGACUAGCCCUACAAAAGCAAGAUUGUUCAAGGCUAACAAGAAAAUGAACUUACAUGUGAGGAGAACAAUCCAAAUCAAUGAUGAUGCGGGAGUAAGGAUCAACAAGACUUUUCAAUCGCUUGUUAAAGAUGCAGGAGGACAUGAAAAUAUUCCCUUUUGUGAAAAAGAUGUGAGGAAUUAUAUUAACAAAGAGCGUCCUGCAAUUGGAAAAGAAGGUGAUGGUAAGGCUUUGAUUAGUUAG